AGGCGCGUCAGUCCCCGCCCGGAUCGCUGUUCUGCGCUGAGGUCUCGUCCAGCUGCGGUGCUGCUGUAAUUUCCGGAGGAAAAUGGCUGCAGCGAGAGUCCUGAGGACGUGGGGCCGGAGUGCUGGGCGGCUGGUUUGUGUUCGUCAUUUUCAAGCAUGUAGUACUGGUCAUAUUUUGAAACCAAAAUGUCUGUGCUUGUUGGGUUUUCCUGCCCUCAAGUAUAAUCAUCCACAUCACUUGCUGAAAACAACAGCAGCUCUAUGUGGACAGGUUGUUCAGUUCAAACUCUCGGACAUUGGAGAAGGAAUUAGGGAAGUAACUGUUAAAGAAUGGUAUGUAAAAGAAGGAGAUACGGUGUCUCAAUUUGAUAGCAUCUGUGAAGUUCAGAGUGAUAAAGCUUCUGUUACCAUCACUAGUCGCUAUGAUGGAGUCAUUAAAAAACUCUAUUAUAAUCUAGAUGAUAUUGCCUAUGUGGGGAAGCCAUUAGUAGACAUAGAGACGGAAGCUUUGAAAGAUUCAGAAGAAGAUGUUGUUGAAACUCCUGCAGUAUCCCAUGAUGAACACACACACCAAGAGAUAAAGGGCCAGAAAACACUAGCAACUCCUGCAGUCCGUCGCCUAGCAAUGGAAAACAAUAUUAAGCUGAGUGAAGUUGUUGGCUCAGGAAAAGAUGGCAGAGUACUUAAAGAAGAUAUUCUCAACUAUUUGGAAAAGCAAACAGGAGCCAUAUUACCUCCUUCACCAAAGGCUGAAAUUAUACCACCUCCAGCACAACCAAAAGACAGAACUGUUCCCAUCCCAAUAUCAAAACCUCCAGUAUUCAUAGGCAAAGACAAAACAGAACCUAUAACAGGCUUUCAAAAAGCAAUGGUCAAGACCAUGUCUGCAGCUCUGAAGAUACCACACUUUGGGUAUUGUGAUGAGGUUGAUCUUACUGAACUGCUUAAGCUACGAGAAGAAUUAAAACCCAUUGCUUUGGCUCGUGGAAUUAAACUCUCCUACAUGCCUUUUUUCAUAAAGGCUGCUUCUUUGGGAUUGCUACAGUUUCCGAUCCUUAAUUCUUCGGUGGAUGAAAACUGCCAGACUAUAACGUACAAGGCUUCUCAUAACAUUGGAAUAGCAAUGGAUACUAAGCAGGGUUUGGUUGUCCCUAAUGUGAAGAAUGUUCAGAUCUGCUCCAUAUUUGAGAUUGCUGCUGAAUUGAACCGCCUCCAAAAUCUUGGUGCUGUGGGUCAGCUCAGCACCACUGACCUUGCUGGGGGCACAUUUACUCUUUCCAACAUUGGAUCGAUUGGUGGCACUUAUGCCAAAGCAGUGAUAUUGCCACCUGAAGUAGCAAUUGGGGCCCUUGGAUCAAUCAGGGCCCUUCCUCGAUUUAACCUGAACGGAGAAGUUUAUAAAGCACAGAUAAUGAAUGUGAGCUGGUCAGCCGAUCAUAGGAUCAUUGAUGGAGCUACGAUGUCACGCUUCUCUAAUUUGUGGAAAUCCUACUUAGAAAACCCAGCUUUUAUGCUACUAGAUCUGAAAUGAAGAGAAAUAAGAUAUUCUUGAACUUUGGAAUUUCCAAGGAGUAUGUGAAACCUGGCUGUAGCGCACAUAUUCUGACAACUUGCAUUGUAAAUGGUGUGUAUUAUAUGAUUAAGGUCCUAAGGCACAGUAGUCACCACUAUUCUGUUAGAUUUUUUAGUGAAAAUGAUGGUGGAGUGGUUCUCCUGGGGCUGUCACAUGUUGUGACUCAGAGUGUGGCUUCUUUACAUGGUGCUUUGGUCUUUGUGGUAAUGGGCUGAAACUGGCAAGAAAGCAAAGUUAACUAAUUGCUAAAAGAUAGAUAGCCAUAUAUACUGUCUCUGUCUGUCUGUCUGUCUGUCUUCCUUCCUUCCUUUCUUUCUAACUAAUCUUUAGUGAAACUUUUAUAAUUUAAUGAGAAAAAGAGAUUUGUUUUUGAGACAGGGUCUCCCUGUGUGGUCCAGGCUGGCCUUGGACUCAUUACGUAGCCCAAAUCAUCCUCAAACGCACAACAAUCCUUGUGCCUCAGCCUCCUGAGUGCUGGGGUUACAGACAUGAAACCACACCCAGCUGAGAAGAGGAAUUUGUAUACAAACAUAUUUUCCUUUUCUCUACAAUCAUGCUAAUUGUUACAUAAAAUAAGUGCAAUUAUGCUUACCUGGUAAGAUGCCCAAGGAGUAUGCUCGUGCUCCAUUUAGAGUCUAUGCUCUAUAAAUGUCUUACUCAUGUGUUUUAAAAGGGAAAAUGGUUCUUAAUUAUAGUUUUAUAACCAGUAAGGAUACUAAAUGUGUAUGUUUGAGGUGGAUAUACAUUUAGAAUUUUGGUAAUGCUUUGGCAUUUUCUUGGGAACAGCUUCACUUUUGCAAACUUACUUCAUGUGAGGGAAAUAUUUUAAAUGCAUCAGCCACUGACUAUUUAGAAGUCAACUGUCCUUUAAUUUUCUUGAUCUUUUGCUCAGAAUAGGAUAAGAAAAGAUACGAGUCAAUUCCAUUCUCCAUAUCCUGAAUAGGAGCAUAAAAAGAGAAGAAUAAUGGUUAAUUAUAGACAUAAAAUUAAAUAAUAAAUUUUAUACGGAAAUGAGGGCUUUAUGAUGGUCAUUUUUUAAAAAGGCCACUUUAAUCAGCAACAGUAUCACAAUGAAUUUAAUCCAGCAUUUAAAUUUGAAUUUAGAAAUCUCUAUUGUUUCUAAUAUUGUCCUAUUUAUGCCAAAGUUAAUUUUUCAAGGGAUGGUUUGUGAGUUUUAAAAAAAGGUCAUUUUGCUAUCUACUUGCUUGUUUGCUGAAAUAAUUUUUAAAUCAAAGUAAUAAAUCAAAUAAAUGUUAUUUUAAAGAUUCAGAUUACAUGGAGAGUUACAAGGUAUACUCCAUGAUCCUACCACUAUUAUUUUGAUGUAUGUAGCUAUAAACAUAUUCUUUUUAUAAAAAUGAAAUCAUAGUAUAACUAUUAUUUUAUAAUUUGAUUUUUAAAAAUGUGUCAUAUUAUGGGUAACUUAAUAUCAAUAAAUGAUUCCACAUAUCAUACUUUUAAUGACUUGGUAAUAUUCCAUAGUAUGUAUUUAUUAUAUAUUCUAAUAUUAAAUAUCUACAGGUUACUAAGCAUGGUCCUAAGCAUGGGUACACGUGUGCCUGACCUCAUAGUCCCUACCUCUUGGGCUUAGAAUCUCAUGGAAGAGGCAUAUUUUAAAUAAUCAUAAAAAUAAAAAUAUAAUUAUACUUCUGUAUAGAAAAAAACCAGUGUCAUGAGCUAUCUAAUAGAGGUUGCUGAUGCUGGGAGAAUCAGAGGUUAUAUAUCCCAUAAUUUAAUUAAUUGCUUAUUGAUAGGCAUUUGUUAAAUUUUAUACUAUUGCUAGGGAUAUAGCUCAGUGGUAUAAGUGCCUGCCUGGCAAAUACAAGGUCCAGAGUUCAAUUCCCAAUAUCAAAACAAUAAAAUAAGUUUUAUAUUAUGUUA